ACGGUCGAGGCGGUCUCUGCGACGCCUGCGCACAAGGCCGCCAGCCAUGGGAACUCCAGGGAACGUCCGGCAGCUCCCCCUCCCAGGGCGGGGGCAGCGGCUGGGCGCCAGCGCGGGCAGUGCCGCGAGACCUCGCCGGGCACGUGACGCCUGCGGGACGCCCGGCCCGGGACAGGGGCGGCCCUGGGCUCUCCCGCGGCGGCGCCGCCAUGCUGCGCGCCCUGCUGCGGCGCUGGGCGUCCUACAGAUACCGCUUCGUGCCCUGGAUCGCGCUCCACCUCCGCCGCGAGCGCAGAUCCCAUCUGCUCUGUCAUCCCCGCAGGCACGCGGCGCUAUCCGCACCAGAGCGGGAUUCGUUGCUCCGAGGCGGCGCCGCCGGACCAUCCGAUACGUACCAGAAAAGUGCAAAGACAAAAUUAUCUCUGAUGAAGAUGUCCUUGAAACACUGCUGAAAAUCUUUAAAGCUCUGUUCAUAAAUGACUUUGGUAGACAAAUGGACUUCUUUGCCUUGCUUCCAGAAGUUAAAUCCAAAUAUCUGGAAUUACUGACUAUUCAGUUUAAGAGAUCAAAAACAACUGGUUACAACCAUCAAAGUCAAAAUAUCUUUAAUCCAGAAGAAGUUCUGUUUAAUACAUUAGGGUUCAGUAUUACUCGAGAUCGGAGUUCACUGAUUUCAGCUGGAACAGGAGUCUUUGUUACCAAAGGUUUUGUGCCAAAAGGGACAGUUGUAUCUAUGUAUCCUGGUACAGUAUAUCAAAAGUAUGAGCCAAUUUUUUUCCAGUCCAUUGGCAAUCCAUUUAUUUUUAGAUGCAUAGAUGGUGUACUUAUUGAUGGGAAUGAUAAAGGAAUAUCAAAAGCAGUGUACAGAUCAUGCAGCAAGAGAGAUCAAAUUGGUCCUUUUCAAAUGAGCGACAUCACUUGGCUCACACCUGUUGUGCAAAAUCCACUGGCGGUAGGGCAGUAUGUUAACAACUGUUCACACAACAAGGCAGCCAAUGUCUGUUAUCAGGAGUUUGAUGUGCCUGAAUAUUUUCCAAUAGAACUGAAACAGUAUCUUCCAAACAUCACCUACAGCCAUGACAUACCUAUCCCCUUGAGGUGUGUGGUUCUUGUCUCUCUGAGAGAGAUUAAACAAGGAGAAGAGCUUUUUUCUAAUUACUACACCAUUGUCAACUGAAUCAAUGAAACCAUGGAUUAAAGAAUUCUUUGUCAUUAAGAUACUUACUGUGUGUACACUUGGCACCUCCUGUGCAUCUCUGUGUAAUGGAGAGCUGUGCUUUCCAAUUAAAAAUGGGCUACAAAGCUAUAUUUUCAUGUAAAUAUUCAAUUUUGAUAAGUUGCGGAGGUUUGCAGCUGUUAGCGUCUGUAAACUUAAUGAUGUAAAUGCUACUGCAAGUUUAAUUGACUUUCAGCUAACUGCACAAUAGCUCAUGAAAUUAAAAUCUAGUUUCUGAAUAUGC